ACUCAAGUCUGCAGAAAAUAACAUAAGGGUUGUUUUUCCAAUGUUCUCUACCUGUUCAUUUCAGAACCCGUUCCCAGCGCUUACGGACCCUCCCCCACUUUGCUGGACCACGCUCUUUGCGCAUGGGUACUGUGGCGCCCCUUCUGUUAUUAAUGCCACUAUCAUUUCUCUUAUGAAAAUGGCGGCGGGUCAAAGUGGCGGAGGAGCAGCCACGGCUCUGCAAAGCCAUAACUACUCGACUGGACCGUACUGGAACCCGGUUAACUUCCAUCACCAGCAUCAUCUCCACACGGCGCGGAGCCUGGAUCGCGCCCUGGAGGAAGCCGUGUGCUCGGGGAUGCUUAGCAUUAGCGGGAGGAAGCUGAAAGAUUUCCCCGGCAUGAGCUAUGACUUGACCGAUACAACACAGGCAGAUCUCUCAAAGAACCGUUUUCUGGAAAUCCCUCCAGAAGUGUGUCUCUUUGCUCCUCUAGAAUCGUUAAACCUGUACCACAACUGCAUCAAGGGGAUCCCAGAAGCCAUCAUAAACCUACAGAUGUUAACAUACUUGAAUAUCAGUCGAAACCUUCUAUCAACACUGCCAAAAUACUUGUUUGACCUUCCUCUAAAAGUUUUAGUACUGAGUAAUAACAAGCUUGUAUCCAUUCCAGAAGAAAUUGGGAAAUCAAAAGACCUAAUGGAGCUGGAUAUCAGCUGCAAUGAGAUUCAGGUCCUUCCUCGGCAGAUGGGAAAACUACAUUCCCUCAGAGAGCUUAAUAUAAGAAGGAAUAGUCUGCAGGUGCUCCCAGAGGAGCUGGCCAACCUUCCUCUGGUCAGGUUAGACUUCUCCUGCAACAGAAUCACAGACAUUCCAGUUAGCUAUAGGAAGUUAAGACAGCUUCAAGUUAUUGCAUUGGAUAACAACCCAAUGCAGUCCCCUCCAGCACAGAUUUGCUUAAAGGGUAAAGUACACAUAUUUAAAUACCUAAACAUCCAGGCCUGCAGAAUAGACAAGAAGCCGGAAUCUCUCGACCUGCCUCCUUUAGGCAAAAGGAUCAUAUCGCAGCCUCUGACAGACAGCAUGGAGGAUUUUUACCCCAGUAAGAGCCACGGCCCAGACUCAGGCAUUGGCAGUGACAAUGGGGACAAGCGCUUAUCCACAACAGAGCCAUCCGAUGAUGACACAAUCAGCCUGCACUCUCAGGUAUCAGAAAGCACGCGGGACCAGGGCAAAGCAGACAGCCACUACACGGGAAUCAUGUCCGACGUGAAUAAAGAUCAAGAGCCAUAUGAUUACAUCGACCCCAACACAGAGGAAGACACGCCCCUCUCCGAGCCGGGGGAUAUGAACCUCAAUGAGCCCUUCAUGUCCUGUAUGAAGGAGCUUGGGAGAGUCUUGAGUAAAUCACACAGAACAGAGGAAAAUGACAAUGGGACAGAAGAGUGGAGCACUCAGAGGGAGCAGCAGCUUGCUGAGGAAGAGGAGGAGGAGGAGGAGCUGAAGGAGGUCAUUGAUCUGCGGAAGAUAGCGGUGCAGUUACUGCAGCAGGAAAAGCAGAACAGACGGAGGCCUUUAGUAUGUAGAGCCACAUUCAGUGAGAACCUAAUCCAGAGGAGAAGGGCGGCUGGACGGGCACAGAGGUUUCUUAGCCAGUCCUUUAGCAAUUCAAGUAACAGACAGAAGCCUUCUGACUCUAAUAAAAGUGUGUCCGUGGAGGAGGGCAGCACACCAGCAUCCCCACACAGCUGCAUGGAGCUAGAGUUCACUGAUGAAGACACUGCAUUCUCUCAGUCUUCGGGCUCUUUGGAGGAUAAUUCAAAGCAGGAUCAAACGGACUCAGAGACUCACCCUGUAGUGGUUCAUAGCCAAGAGAGGCGGCGAAAUAAAUAUUUAAGAAAAGAUUAUAUCAAGAAUAAAUGCCAGACCUCUUCAAGAAAAAACUCCAGUGGAAAUGAAAAUGACAGAGAGGAUGGCAUUAAACCUGCAGAAUACAGCACAAUGCUGACAGUGUUUGGUCUCAAGCCCAGAACAGCAUUCACCCGACCAAGCAGGCAUGACAGCAGCUCUGCAGACCCCGGGUUCACUAUGCGGAGGAAAAUGGAGCAUCUAAGAGAAGAAAUGGAGCAGAUCCGGCAGCUUCGCCAUAAUCUUGAGUCCAGGCUGAAAGUCAUGCUACCAGAUGAUGUCGGUGCUGCUUUGAUGGAUGGCGUCGUCCUUUGUCAUUUAGCUAAUCACAUUCGACCUCGUUCUGUGGGCAGCAUUCAUGUGCCCUCCCCAGCAGUGCCUAAAUUAAGUAUGGCGAAGUGCAGAAGAAAUGUUGAAAACUUCUUGGAUGCGUGUAAGAAGCUGGGUGUUCCACAGGAAAAACUAUGUUUGCCUCAUCAUAUUUUAGAAGAACGAGGAAUGGUAAAAGUUGGCAUAACGGUCCAAGCUCUUCUAGAACUACCCACAUCACGACCGACGCAGCUGUCUGCUGUGUAGUGCAGCUCUGUUAAAUAUUACUUUCAGUCUUGAGUUCAUUACUCUUUGUGCACAAAACACUGUCUUUGCCAAUAUCUGAAAAUAUGAUGUAAGUGCAGUCUCAGAUUUGGAACAUAACACAAUUUUUGUCACUUUAUUUUGCUUAUUAUUCUAUGUCUAUUAAAAACAGAAUAGUUUCAAGUGCAAUUUUAAAGUUAUGGAUAAACCACCCAUGGUUCUAAUAAUUACGAAAACUCAAUGGUAACGUGAACACAAAAAAAAGAAUCGCGGAAAAACGUUUCAGCAAAGUCUUCAACUGUUCAGGCAUUGGUCAGUUACCAGAUUUGAUUAACUAAUACCCUGCUGAGAUAAAGCACAGUUUACAGCAUUCUCCACCUGUCAACAGCAAACAAGCCAUUGCCCCUAAAAAUAGGUGAUGCCAUCCAGGAGUGAUCUAUCUUGAGUGUGUCGAAAUCGACCAAAUCAUCCCCUAAAUAUGAAUCGCUCUGUAGUGUUAGCAAGAGGCUCAGCAGAUUUACAGUUCAAGUGCUUGUGACUUUGGCAUUCAACAUUUCCUUUGAUACUUAUUUUUGUCAAAUUGUCCAUCACAUGAGGGUAGUUUCCAAGCUCUACUUUUGAAAAGAGAAGUUUUUUUUUUUUUCCUUUAUCGUGCUGCAUACAGUUUUGGAGAAAAAAAAAAAGUACAUUGAAGUAUUUGUAUUUAUUUAUUUCAUUUCAUUUGAAAACUCAAAGUUUUCUUUUAAGAACGGAACAUCAGACCUGUGGAUGCCCUGUUCAUUGUAGAUUAAUUGUAAAGAGUGAUCGGCAUUGAUUAUUGAGUUAACGUAGUCUAGCUUGUGCUGCCAGAUCCCUAUAAAACCUUUUGUUGCACAAAUGAAUAUUGUAUCUGGUAAAAUAAGACGUUUGAACGGAAAGCUGGCAAAUAUUACUGUUUUGUUCAAUUUCCAAAAGUGAAAUGAAGGAUUUUAUGCUAAAAUAUAAACCUUUACUUGCAUUUAAGGUAGAGGAGCCUUUUACAAGGUGCUCAAAAACCAGAGCUCUUAAAAAUACAGACCUGAAACUGCACUGAGUCACUGAUUCCAUUACAAAUCUUUAUUUUCACUCUCUCAUUUAGUAGUCAUUCCUCUCUCAUCACCAGUCUGGAUUAUUUAUUAUAGUCAUUUGUGAUUUAGCAAAUGUAUUAAUAAUACCACGGUCAUCGAUUUCAUAUAAUAUAUAUCGGGAUAUCGGGUCCUUAUUUGUUUUGUGUUUUACUUCAUCACUUUGAAAAACUGUUAAGCUUGCCUUAUACUUUUUUUGUAUUAGCUAUAUAGGAGGAUAUAUGGAAACACACUGCAGUGGAUAUCAUGCAUAGAACGCACUGCAAUAGAUCACCUGCUUUUGAUACUAGCUGUAUGAUGUAUAGAAUGCACUAGCUGUUAGGUGUUUGACCCAUUUUUAAAUGUCGCUUCCGUGUGCUUUAUUGUGUCCUGAAUGAAAUGCUAAAAUCUGCAGCAACAUCUUUCUUUUUCUUGUAAGGUGGUGCAUUAUCCACCGCUUUCAAUAUCUCAGUUUUUGUCUGCAAGGGUAGUGCAUGUUUUUGCGUGAGCACUAUGGCAAAUAGAAAUGCAUCAUGGGAUCUGUAGUCCCUAAACAGCACUAAAAUACAGUACAUACAUACAUAAUAUAUUUCCCAAUAUCCUUUCCACUCAGCUGUUCAAACUAGGGCGUUUAGUUGUAUUCACAUUUUUCUUCUCUGGGAGGGCUCCAAAAUAAUUUGCACUAACAGGUAAUCUGAUAAGUGAAUUUGUAUCACAUAAGAAGUAAUUUACAAUAAGCGACUGUUAAAUUUGGCCGGGACUCUAGAAAAUUCUUACUAUCGGGAAAUUUGUCAAAUCAGAGUUUGUUUGAACGAGUAUUGACUGUAUAAAUGACAGACAUGGAGUACCAGGAGCUCUUUGCUUCUGUUUCUAAUGUCUUCAGACAGUUGUGAUCACUCUCACACUCGCACAUACCAUAAAUACAUUUGAUACAUUUAUAGUUUUAUUAUUGUGUCAUUCUCAAUAAUAUUUUCAACAAAAGACAUUUACAGUUGCAGACAAAAGUAU